UCUGCAGUGUGACUAGAAGAUUUUUUCCAUGGGGCCAGCGUCUUUGCAAGCACUCGUCCACAGUGCCUCCCGCCAAGCCAGGUUAUAGCGGAUCCCAGGCGGGUCACCAGGGGAGGAUAGGGUCUGAGAAAUGCCCCUCGGUGAAGAAGCCAGUGGAGGACAGAUACAGGUCCUCCUCCAGCUUCCCAGGAAGAGGUGGAUUUCCCUCCACCUGCCAUGCCAGACCCAAGGGAAGGAGCGCCAGGCCCUGCCCUGCAUCGAGGCCCCGCAGCGAGGACCCCAAGGUGUCCCCAGUGCAGAGCCGGGACUCGCUGGCGUCUGUUUACUAGGAGCAUUAGACCCCGCCAGCUGUCUCACGGGCGUGUCUCAUCUUCCACCAAGGCGCUCUCGAGACGCACCUGUGCUUCCAGGAAACUCGGACAGCGCUGAGCUGCAGCGGCCAGCGCGGGAGCCGCCCACAGCACCUUCCCACAGCCCGGCGCAGGCUUCAGGCUCGGCUGCGGCCGGUGGGCACCGCGCCAUCCGAGGCAGAGCGGGUUUCUCACGGCGGUGGGCAGUGCGCAGAGCAGGCAGGAGCCCAGGACUUGCGGGUUCGGGAUGCGGCAUGCUGGGGACCACGCCCCUCGGGGAGGGGCGGGUGACGCUAAGGGGAACACUCGGAUCGGUGGGGAGAACACGGAACACCACAGCUGCUGGCUCAGGCGGCAGCAGCAGUAUGGGGGUCUGUCGCGAGGUCAAGGCCCACUCCACGGCUGGCCCCUCUAUUUCCGGCCCACAAUCUGGUAGCAGGACACAGCCUCCUUGCCAAUAUUAAAGUUGGA